CAUAAGGAUGGCACUCCCCUCCGGCCUAUAUCUUCGUCAAUGAACGUCCCCUGCUAUGCUCUUUCGAAACACAUUGGAAACAUACUAAAAACUAUAAUUUCGACGGAAUACAAUGUUAAAAACUCUCUAGAACUGAAACAACAACUCGGAUCUAUCACUUUGGAUAAAGAUGACAUUAUCGUCUCCUUCGACGUGGUAUCGUUAUUUACUAACAUACCGAUAUAUCUAGCCAUUAAGAAAAUUAUGGAUAAAUGGGAUACACUUCGGGUUAAUACCACCAUUCCAAGACAGACAUUCCUCAAAAUUCUCAAUUUCUGCCUGAAAGAUAACAAUUACUUCACGUAUGCUGGAAAACUUUACCAACAAACUUAUGGUAUGCCAAUGGGGAACCCACUCUCACCAACGAUUGCGGAUAUUGUACUUGACACCCUUUUGGACGACGUAAUGGACGAACUGCAGAGUAUGAACAUAACGGUAAAAUUUAUAGUGAAGUAUGUAGACGACCUGUUCGCGGUGAUAAACAAAAAAGAUGAAACAACGAUAAUGAAAUUAAUGAACGCGUAUCACAACAAAUUAAAAUUUACGAUAGAAAAGGAAACUCGUGCAGAGUUACCGUUCCUGGAUAUGAAGAUAAUAAGAAAUGGAAAUACGUUAAUAACAAACUGGUACGCGAAACCAACAGCAUCGGGAAGAAUGAUUAAUUAUAACUCUACGCAACCACACAGCACGAAAAUUAAUACGGCCAAGAACUUCAUCCACAAAGUUCUACUGUUAAGCGAUGAACGUUUCAAAGCAGACAACAUAAAUAAAAUACAACAAAUUUUAAAACAGAACAAUUAUCCAAUGGCAUUAAUAAAUAAUUUAAUUCGCGACGUCACCAACGGAUCCAAACGACCCCAUGAAGAAAAAGCAUCAACGACGAAAAAAUUUUACAGUGUACCGUACAUCCCUAAGCUUACCGACCGCGCAUCUUUGGGAAAUAUCAUACUUGACGAAAACUCAACAACAGCAUAUAAAUCAAACAAAACUCUAAACCAAAUAUUCAGGAAAAAAGGAACAACAACCAAAACAGACAAACUCAAACUAAGCAACGUCGUAUACGAAAUUACGUGUGAUGGAGAUCAACAAGAAAAAUGCAACAAAAAAUAUGUGGGAACCACCAGACGCACACUAGGCACUAGGUUGGCUGAGCACGAAGCCGACAUAAGAAAAGGGAGACAAUCGACAGCACUAGCACAACAUAUAAAAGAGAGCGGACAUGCGGCAAACUUUAAGACAGUAAGAGUACUUGACAGAGAGAAAAUAGAGAACAAGCGAUACACAUUAGAGAGCCUACGGAUUCAACAAAGACUUAAAGAGUCGAUAAACACCAAAGAAGACAAAGACAACACUAAGCUGCAGUAUUCCAUUGCAAUAACUUGAAAACGACUGUUCUGUGAUAUUAGUAAUAAGUUUAGACUUUAUAUACUUCCCUCAAAGUGCAAUUAUUUAUAUUAUUAUAUUUUCUGUGUCGUGGUGUCCAGUUUUUAUAGUAAUAUAAGUAAUUCAACGAAGAUGUAAAAUUAAUCGAACUUCAAUAAACUCUGUCCUGAUGAAGUUGGAAAAAAUAACCAACGAAACGUCGAGAGAAAAAAUGAAAA